AUGACAUUUGUCUUUUAUUUCCCAACCCCUAAUAUUCAGCAACAACAACAAUCAACAUUAAUAUAUCAACAUCCCCAAAAAUCAUCUUUUCAACAUUCACCCCAACCCCAAACAUUUAACGAGAACUCUCUAAAUUUACUAAAUUCACCAAUUAAUCAACAACAAAUGUCUGAACACCAACAACAAUUCAAUUUUCAUCAACAUCCAAAUUCUCAACAAUUUCAACAACAACAUUUUCAACAUAAUAAUUGGCAACAACAACAAGCAUAUUGGCAAAUACCGCCAAUGAGAAAAGAAUCAAUGCCAGCACUUCAUUUGUAAAUUUUUUUGAAAAGCACCCCCUCCCCCCCCCCAUUAUAAUUAUCCCACGCAUUGAUAAUCCUCCCUGGUGAUUCGUUGAAACAGUUUUCUUAUAAUUUCCACACACAAAGUGAAUAUCCUUGAAAAAGGCGGAUCGAGGAGAAAGGCUGGCUUCAUCAUGAUAGCAGGCCCACAACCAG